AUGUCGACUCCGGGCCCGGCAACACCGCGCAGCUUGGAAAGCGAUGUCAUGUCGGAUGCCGAUGACGUUGACGAAGAUGUCGACGAGGCCCAGAAAGAGCGAGAGGCGAUGCUGGCCAAGGAAGCCGAUGACUUUGUGAACAAGUUCACUCUGGGGAAGCGCUUGCAGAGCGAUGACAAGGGAAAGGAGUUGCGGCGCUACGACGCUGCCACUGGUUUCUUUAGGAAAAGGGACUAUUCCCAAAUCCCCCUCAAGCCAAACCAUCAGCAAUGUCCACUCUGGAUAGACCCGGAGAACUUCACAAUCAUCCUCGAGCGUUUCCAUCCGGCCGCCCAGAAGGCCACCGACUUCCUCACCACGAUUGCCGAGCCACGCUCUCGUCCCACGUUUCUUCAUGAGUACGUUCUGACGAUGCACAGCCUCUAUGCGGCAGUUUCGGUGGGUCUGCGGCCGAAGGAUAUCAUAGACACGUUGGACCGUUUCCUCAAGACACCGCUGCCUCCGGCGGUCCGCAUGAAGAUCGAGGAAACCACCAAGAAAUACGGCAAGGUGAAGCUGGUUCUGAAGAAGAACAAGUAUUACGUAGAGAGCGUGGAUGCCAAGAUAUUACAGAUUCUCCUCAAGGACGAGGUGAUCGGGGCCCUUCGCGUCCACGGGUCCGACACCACCAGCUUUGCGCCCACCAUGGGCGGCCUGGUCAUCCCGGGCACGCAGAAUGCGGCCGGCGUCCACCAAGCAAACCUGAAGCAACAGGACAAGAAGUCCGAUGAGGAGCAAGGCGCUACCGCCAGCGAAGGUGAUCUCUUUGCCACCUUGAAUGAAGAAGAAGACGACGAUGAUAAAGAAGCCGUCCAUGCCUUUGAGAUCUUGGACAACUCGGUUGAGACGGUCCAAAAGCGCUGCCUUGACAUUGGCUUUCCCAUUCUGGAAGAAUAUGACUUCAGAAAUGACGACGUAAACCCGAACCUUGAGAUUGACCUUCGCCCCAACACGCAGAUCCGGCCGUACCAAGAAAAGAGCUUGAGCAAGAUGUUCGGUAACGGCCGGGCCAAGAGCGGCAUCAUCGUGCUGCCUUGCGGUGCGGGCAAGACGCUGGUUGGUAUCACGGCCGCCUGCACAAUCAAGAAGGGCGUUAUCGUCCUGUGUACGAGCUCCAUGUCUGUUCAACAGUGGCGCCAGGAAUUCCUCAAGUGGUCCAACAUCAAUCCGGACGACAUUGCCAUCUUCACAGCCGAGAGCAAGAACAAGUUCUCGAGCAGUACCGGCAUCAUCGUCACCACAUACUCCAUGGUUACCAACAGCCGGGAGCGCUCACACGACUCCAAGAAGAUGAUGGACUUCCUGCGAGGGCGUGAGUGGGGCCUGAUGCUUCUGGACGAGGUCCACGUCGUCCCGGCCGAGAUGUUCAGGCGCGUCAUAUCCUCCAUCAAGUCCCACUCCAAGCUCGGGUUAACGGCAACCCUCCUGAGAGAGGACGAUAAAAUUUCGGAUCUUAACUUCCUCAUCGGGCCCAAGCUAUAUGAGGCCAACUGGAUGGAGUUAUCACAACAAGGACACAUCGCCAAGGUUCAGUGCGCCGAGGUCUGGUGCCCCAUGCCGACAGAGUUCUACGAUCAAUACUUGCGCGCAGACGGGCGAAUGAAGCGGACUCUGUACGCCAUGAACCCGCGCAAAUUCCAGGCCUGCCAAUAUCUCAUCAACUACCAUGAGAAACGGGGCGAUAAGAUCAUUGUCUUCUCCGACGAGCUGUACUCUCUCAAGCAGUACGCGCUCAAACUGAAGAAGGUCUUCAUUUACGGCGGCACCAGCCAGAGCGAACGCAUGCACGUCCUGGAGAAUUUCCAGCAUAAUCCGGACGUUAACACGCUGUUCCUCUCCAAAAUCGGCGACACCUCGCUCGACUUGCCCGAGGCCACCUGCCUCAUCCAGAUAUCCUCCCACUUUGGCUCUCGUCGUCAAGAGGCCCAGCGCCUGGGCCGCAUCCUACGAGCCAAACGCCGCAACGACGAAGGCUUCAACGCCUUCUUCUAUUCCCUCGUCUCCAAAGACACGCAGGAGAUGUACUACUCAUCCAAGCGCCAAGCCUUCCUCGUCGACCAGGGCUAUGCCUUCAAGGUGAUCACUCAGCUGGCCAACAUUGAGCAGACGCCGGAUCUGGCCUUUUCCACGCCCCAGGAGAUGCGGGAGCUGCUCCAGCGGACGCUCGUCGACAACGACAAGGGCGUCGAGGAGGACGUCGAGACGGACGACCUCUUUGGCAAGGUUGGCGGCGGCGGCGGUCGUAGGAAGAAGGGUAACGGCGGGCUCGCCGGGGUGCGUCGCAUGGCCGGCACCCUCGGCGAGCUCAGCGGCGGCCAGGACAUGGCCUACAUUGAGCAGAACAAGGCGGCCAACAAGGCGCUCAAGAAGCCCAAGAAGGGCGAGAACCAAAGUGCCUUCUUCAAGAAACUGCAGCGCGAGAAGGAGAAGGCCAAGCAGGCGACUCGGGCGGCCAAGUAG